GCUAUAUUAUGCCCUCGUUCCGUCCCUAGUUUACCUCCACUGCUAUCUCUCAGACUCUCACUACUCCAUCCUUAAUUUCCUCUUCGAUCAAAACUGUUCUCAUUCUCUCUCUGUCCUUGAUCUUCUCCUUGUUCUUCGGGGUUAGGUUGUGCAUGCAAAUGAUCAACUACUACAGCCUCUCUCUUCGGGUUAGGUUUUGAAUGCAUCUCAGACUUACCCAUCUUGGCUGCCAACCCUCUAAAUGGGUGAGAACGCUGCCACAAAGUACCACCACCAACACCAAGUUUUUGACAUCUCCAUAGAUGUGCUUCCGCAGAGUGGCUCCAAAUGCUUUGACGACGAUGGUCGUCUCAAACGAACUGGGACUCUUUGGACUGCAAGUGCUCACAUAAUAACAGCUGUGAUUGGAUCUGGGGUGCUAUCCUUAGCCUGGGCCAUAGCUCAGCUAGGAUGGAUUGCUGGCCCAGCUAUGAUGCUUCUGUUCUCCUUUGUCGGUUUCUACACUUCAUCACUGCUUGCAGACUGUUACCGUACCGGUGACCUCGUCUCCGGCAAGAGAAACUAUACUUACAUGGAAGCAGUCCGGUCCAUUCUUGGUGAAGCUAAGGUCAAGGCUUGUGGGUUUAUUCAGUAUGUGAAUCUUUUUGGAAUAGCCAUUGGAUACACUAUCGCAGCAUCUAUAAGCAUGAUGGCAAUCAAGCGUUCUAAUUGUUUUCAUGAGAGUGGCGGGGAGAACCCAUGUCAGAUGUCGAGCUAUCCAUACAUGAUCUUGUUUGGUGUAACUGAAAUCUUGUUUUCUCAAAUCCCGGACUUCGAUCAAAUAUGGUGGCUAUCAAUUGUCGCCGCUGUGAUGUCUUUUACUUAUUCUUCAAUUGGUCUAGGACUUGGAAUUGCCAAAGUUGCAGCUACGGGAACUUUAAGGGGCAGUCUCACUGGAAUAAGCAUUAAUAAUGUGUCCCAAACCCAAAAGCUGUUGAGGAGUUUCCAGGCUCUAGGCGACAUAGCCUUUGCUUACUCAUUUUCUGCCAUCCUAAUUGAAAUUCAGGACACAAUCAAAUCUCCACCAUCAGAAGCAAAGACAAUGAAGAAGGCCACGGUACUUAGCGUUUCGGUGACGACCGUAUUUUACAUGCUUUGUGGCUGCACGGGCUAUGCAGCUUUUGGUGACCUUGCACCUGGAAAUCUCCUCACUGGUUUUGGUUUCUACAACCCUUUUUGGCUUCUUGAUAUUGCUAAUGCUGCUAUAGUAAUCCAUCUGGUGGGAGCAUAUCAAGUUUUCAGCCAACCUAUCUUUGCUUUCAUCGAGAAAAGGGCAAAACAAAAAUGGCCAGAAAGCGGAUUCAUCACCAAGGAAUUUGCAAUCCCAAUCCCGGGUUGUGGCCAAUAUAAACUAAACCUCUUCCGUUUGGUUUGGAGAACGAUGUUCGUGGUCUUAACCACCGUUAUAUCAAUGUUGCUUCCCUUCUUUAAUGAUGUCGUGGGGAUUAUUGGGGCACUUGGGUUUUGGCCUUUAACUGUCUAUUUUCCUGUGGAGAUGUAUAUUGCACAGAAGAAUAUACCAAAGUGGAGCACUAGAUGGAUAUGCCUACAAAUCUUGAGCAUUUCUUGCCUUGCAAUAUCAGUUGCUGCGGCUGCCGGUUCCAUUGCGGGUGUCAUGCUCGACCUCAAGGCCUACAGGCCAUUCAAAACCAGCUACUGAUCAUGAUCUCAUUCUCUGGGUAUCUUUUUUGGAUCAACUUACCAUUGAACAAAAAAGAUCAAAAAGAAAAACAAACAUCAUUUAUAUUUCAGUUCCAUGUAAAUGAAACAACCUAAUUAAUGUGGUUGGUGUUGGUGUGGUUUGAUUUAUGUAGUUCGAUUUCAGUCUUUCAUUUGAAGGCUUCUGGUUUUUCAAAAAAAAAAAAAAAUCAAAGAGAUCGAGGAAUGUACUUUGUAUCAUGUAAUUAUCUACGUGAAAUCGAAAAAAUGAGCAUCCGCUUCUUAAUUCAA